AUGACUAGAAAUAUUGGCAAGGAACAGAGAGAAUUGAAGUAUAAACUAAGACCUUUCAUUGAAGCUCAACCUUCAAAAUCAAAUAUUAAACCUGUGGAAUUAGAUGCAAUAGAUUUAUCCUUAUUUAGGGAAGGGCCAGAGUUUUUGGCGCAAAGGAAAAAAUUAGCCGCCAAAUUAGAGAACUCUUUAUCUACGUAUGGCUUUUUUUCAUUGAUCAAUCAUGGAAUUGAUAUACUGACUUUUGAUCGCUUAAGAUCAAUUGCCCAAUGUAUCUUAGAAUUGCCUGAAGAGAUUAAAAGAAAGCACCUUGCUGGUGCUUUAAAAUCGGAUGAAGAAGUUAGGUCUAGGUCUUUAGGUGGUGAAAGAGGUGCUGGCUUCAAACCUAGGGGUUAUUGGCUGAUGAAAAAUGGAGUAGUGGAUGCAAUAGAGCACUAUAAUUUUAGAGAUUUACAGCAACCGGAAUUUUUCGACGAGGAUAAAAAUUAUCCGGACUUAGUUAGAUAUUACUUACCAGAAGUUGCUAGUUAUUAUAGAUUCUUGCACUCCUCCAUCUUAAGAAAGCUAACAAUAUUAUGCGAUCUUAUCUUGGAACUUCCGGAAGGAUUCCUUUGGGAAAAUUAUUUCAAGGUCACUGAAAAUAAUCAUCAUAAUUCCGGUAAUGGUUUUGGAAGAUUCAUGUUAUAUCAUUCAAUGGAUCCGAAGGAGGAGGAAAAGGUGGACAAAAAUUGGCUUCGGGGUCAUUCAGAUGGUUCUGCUUUUACAUUUAUUACUUCGCAGCCGAUUAUGUCCCUACAAAUCAGGGAUUAUUUCACAGGUGAAUGGAAAUAUGUAGGUCAUACUCCAGGAGGGUUGAUAGUAAAUAUUGGAGAUGCUAUGGAAUUUAUCACUGGGGGAUAUUUUAAAUCUUCAAUCCAUAGGGUAGUGUCACCCCCUGAUGAUCAGAAAAACUUCCAAAGAUUAGUCUUAAUUUAUUUCUGUAACCCAAAAUAUUCUGCAACCUUAGAUCCAGAACCUUUAAAUUCUGCGAAACUAAAAAGACUGGGGUAUAUAAAGCCAAAAAUAUGGGAGAAAAUUACGUUUUCUCAAUGGGAUGAUGAAAAAGGUAGAUUAUUUGGUAAAAAAGAAGUUAAUGAUGUAGCAGGUGAUGAACCAAACUUAGUCCUACUAUUUGGUAGACUCCAUGAAAGAUGGCAUCAAGCCGAGCAAGAUUUUUCACUUGAGGCUGCAAAGAAAAAAUUCAAGGUUAUCGAAGUAUGA